UUCCGAACAAAAUUGUGUCAACGUCAAAGUCAGCUGUGAGCAUAAGAUUUUUGAACGAAAUUGAAUUCGUAAGCUAAAUCGACUGUACGAGUUAUUUUACACAUUUAUUUAUUAGUUUUAUCGUGAUAGCUGUGUAAAUACAUUAAUUCGUGUAAUUAUUUACCGAUAGGAUAUAACUGUAUAAUAAAAUUUCAGAUCUGUGAUAUGUCUAAAAAAAAUAUCGAAUUUUCUAACCCGGAUAACCUACCAGUAGAGAAUGUAACGAUCUCUGUGCAUAAUGCGGGUGUUGUUCAGAAAAUCAAAGCAUUGGACCCCUAUUGGGUUGAGAAAAGGAAGCUGACAUUAUAUGAGAGGCCACCAUCAGGCAGUGCCCUGGUGCUGGGGGCGGUGGACGCAUGGAAGACCAAGAUGAAGGUUUAUGCAGAGGAUCUCAAAUGGUUACUCAGCUUAGAGUAUCAUCAGUUUUGGAGCACAGUAUUGUACCACACAGAAUGUAUGGAUAUGCUAGUGUCGUUCCUACAGGAGGCAGACCCUCCCUACCUACCCCCACAUGACAUAAGAGAUGUACGGAAUCUCUACGAGGACAUUAGGAGACUGAUACUUAUUGUGUUUAGCAGAAUUGUUACUAAUAAGGAAAGUAAGUCGCAAUGGAUGACCAAAGAGUUUAUGGGAGAUCUGUUGUACAAUAACUUCAUAUUCACAAUGCCUAUAAUAUGGGACAUAUGUUUGACAUACGGCGUCGACAACAGUCGGCACAUAGGCAAGAUACUGGACAGUGUGUUUACACUGCAGCCGCAGUAUGAACGGGACGCGGUCGCUGCUGUCGCGUUUGUUAAAGAGGCUUUUAAAUUCAUAAUCCUUCAAGUAAACAAAGAUUACGAUAGUGAAGAACCGCCGAACCUUCCAGAAACGUUCAAAGGUUUCAGCGAGAUCCGCCGCCCGUCCACCAGUAAGCAAGACAAGUUAACAUUUGAAGUGCUGCGGGACCUUACCAUACACAUGCUAGACACCGCCAUGACGUUACGAAUAUUCAUUGAAGUGUACCCGAAAAGUGUUACGAUAUUUAGAAAGACCAGUUUUCUUAUUAGCAUAGUCCAGCUGUACGAGUACGGGAUCCCGCUUCUAUACGAGAAGCUAGAGGAGGUCGGGGACGAGACCAGCGUGCAGUACACGCAGGUGGAAGGGUUCAUAGACGCCGCCCGCUCCGAGCUCAUCGACAUCUUCAAAGAAAUGCUUGCAUACUACAAGAACGCCAUACUGAGUGGGGAAGGCAGCGUCGCGUCUCACGUGGAAGACUUCUUGUCCGUGAUGAUGGAGGGGCUCUCGGAGAGGCUGCUCAUCAAAGACUACCACUCGUCUUACCCCGUUCACGAAGACCUGGAGAUGCUGCGGCAGGCGUACCCUGACAUUGACCCAGUAAAAACAGAUUUCAUACUUCAAGCAAUAUAUUCUAAUUUGGACGAGCCCAUACCCGACAUAAAUCAUACAGAGACAAUAACGAACGGCCAUGUUGAAACCACAGACAACACUCCCACACCACCCACAGACAACGAAAUCCCAGACAGCGUGAAGGAAAUGUCUCUGAUCAGCGAAGUGAAAGACAUAUUGCCACAUUUAGGAGACGGUUUUAUUUUAAAAUGUUUGCAACACUACGGUUUCAGUACUGAGAGAGUUAUUAAUAGUAUAUUUGAAGAUAAUUUAGCGGAACCUUUAAGGGGUUUGGACCAAUCCCUGCCGAUAAUCCCAGAGGACCCACUGGACAAGAAGUUCCUGGAGACAGGUAUUCAACGGCUGAACGUUUUCGACGGAGACGAGUUUGAUAUCAUGACGCGAGAUGACGUCGACCUGAGCCGCAUCCACGUUGGGAAGAAGAAGUCCAAAUAUCGAGACUUGAAAGACAUGUUGGACGAUAAGUCUGAUGUGAAGAAGUUAGGAGACAUCUAUAGCAAAUAUAACCUGGUGUGCGACGAAGAGGCGAUGUACUCGGACGAGUACGACGACACGUACGACGCGGAGGAGGUGUCGCCGCGCGCCGACGAGCGCGAGGACGCGCGCCGGCCCUUCGUCACGCCGCGCGCGCUGCAGGCACACCACGCGCACCAGGAAGAGUCAGAAGAAGAUUCAGCGGCUGAAGAAGUGCCCUCUACGAGCAGUAGGAACAGGAUGGACUUCUGUGUGAACCCAGAGGAGAUGAGAGCGAGGAGAGAGGCCAGCUUCCAAGCCAGGAGGGGGAAGGGACACCGACCGCCGCCGCCUUCCAAGAAUGUCGACGUCAUCGGCAAGCCCAAAGGUCAAGGUCAAGAGAAAGAUGUCCUGGCAAACAGAGAUCGUAAGGAGAAGCACAAAUCCGCAAGAGCCAAUCAUAAUAGGCGGCAGGGCGCGCAGUGGAAGCGCAGCCAGGGGAUGAUGCCCUCAUAACCGACCCCACACACCCAGGGGACGCCAAGGGACAUCCGCAAUAAAUUCAGCUGACACAUUAAAUAUAAUUAAAUUAUUGAACUGUAGUCUCGUUGUUAGUUGUAGAGUUAAGGUGCGGUUCCGAAUGUAGAAUUGGGCUACAAUCGACUGCAAUAAUUGAAACAUUUUUUACGACAAUAGUUAAGGUGCAGUUCCGAAUGUAGCGACCGACUGCAAUCGUCAAGUGUAAAUAUUAUUAAUUUGUAUAAUAUUUCAAUGGAAGUGUUUUCCGAAUAUGACAAAAUUCUCUCCUUUUUCUCAAUCCUUAUUUAUUAUUCCUUCAAUAUUUACUGUGGUCAAACACAGUGACCGCCUUAACUGAAAUAAAGCCCCCGGGGAAAAAAACCGCCAUGAAGCCCCGUUCGGGGUAAAUAAACGUUCCUCUAUUUUAAGUUUCCUCGGUACGAUGCUAAAAAGGUCCUCUGAGGCAUCGUGCGCGGCUUCAUGAAGCGCAAGGCGGUUGCCCAAUACGCCCCCCUCCGCCCUAAGGCCACCUUUGACUCCAGGCCCAAUUAUCGCUCCUAUACCCCUACCACAAAUAUUCAAAUAAUAGUACAGUAAACUCAAAAUGUAUGGCAAAACAGCAUGAAUAGGUUUUUUGAGGUAUAGCUUGGUCUAAAAAUGUUAGGGAAGUAAGAUUAAGGUUGCAACUGCAUUGCCGUCGUGUUCGGAACUGUACCUUUAUUGCAGAGUAAUAUUUAUACUGAAAAUAAUCGAAUUUAUUUCACAGUUAAAGUAAGUCAGUCGUUUUGUGUGAAGACUGUUUGAGUAACAACUAUGUUACUUCUAUGUAUUUGUAAAAAUGUUGUGCACAUUAUUUUAAUAAGACUUGAAUGAAAUAUCCAUAUUUUGAAGUGUUUUAAAUCAAUUUAUCUAAAAGAUUAGUAGUAAAUUGACAACACUAUAGGAUUUGAAAUAAAACUACAUAACGGAUUUUUGCGUGAUGUAUAAUUUGUUACUCACGAAGUUUCAGACUGCAGAUUUCAUGGCAAAUAAACAAAUCUGUCGCAUAAUAAUUGCAAAGUAAUUUUAUUUAAUGUUGAUUGAUUGAGUAAAUAUGAGAAAUAAUACUGUUUGUAAGUAUACGCUGAUACUAGAUGGUGAAGCGCGAUUCGCCGUCACUGUUGCCAAUCUACCGCGGGCACAACCAGUUUAUUAGAAUAGUUUUGGCUCACAACCUUAGCUACACCCGCGUAAAUAAUUUUUUCUGGGAUAAAAAUCCCGCUUUAUAUUUUCCUCAGAUAAAAUAGAGCCUAUAUUUUUAGUUACACCUCUUGCAAUACAUCGGUAUGUAUUCAAUGAAGUAGUUUUUACGUAAUGUGUGUAGAAAUAUACAGACAGACAACUAUCGUUUUGGCUUUGGUCCUCUAAUAAGGACUCCACAUAUUUGUUUUUCCUCAAAUCUGUAAUGUAUAUAAUAUAUAUUUUUUUACACUAUAAAAUAUACAUAAACGUCGGCUAUGUGACCUAUGAUUUCGACUGCCAACUAACUGCCAACAGCGAGUCUUAAUAUCCCUGAAUAAUAUAGCCAAUAUAUAGAAUUCUUCGAUGUGUAGAUUGAAGUAUUUUAUACACCAUACCUUAUACUGAAGACCCUAAAGAUCAAAUUAGUGCGUUGUGCGACAUAAAUUUAUUUGGGCCAUGCGUCGUAUUGAAACGAUAUAAAAAUUCGCUCCUAACAACAAAUUCUUAGUUAUAUAUUUUUAUCCGUGGCAUUAGAAACUAAAUAUUUAUUGUGUUUUUUUUUUACUUGGUGGCACCGCGUUACUCGUCAGGUAAUAUUCUCGCAUUAGACUACUCUGAUAGGAAGCAAAUUUUUACUCAUUAAUGGAAGGUAGUUGGCGUUAUACGACGAAUAUAAGAUAUCACCAACGCCAUCUAUCGAAUUAAUCGACAUAUAUUAGUGAGGUAUAUAAUAUAUUUCUAUUUCUAUUUCUAUUGUAUGAAAAUAUGUGCCGAGCACAAAAAUACGUAUUAGCGAAUAGAAAUUAUAAUCGCAUAUUUUUCCAUAUUGUAAAUAUGUACAAACAUCAUUAUGGUAUGAGUUUGGUUAUUAAUUUAUUAUCAAGAUAUUUGGCGGAUGUCAAAAACAAUAUAAGUUUACGAGGACAUCUUGAAAUAUAUUAUAUAUAUAAAAUACGUUUACAAAGACAUUAUCCAAUCUUUAAAUUUAUCUUUAUUCAACACUCCCACUUAAAUAUUCAUUAACUUCUAACUUAAUAAUACUUCUAACGUGAUAUAAUAUGAGCCCUGUUUUAUAUACUGUCCCACUGCUGGGCACGAGCCUCCUCUACUACUGAGAAGGAUUAGGCCUUAGUCCACUACGACUAACGACCACGUCCAAUAAUCAAUAGAAGCUUGAAAUGACGUUACGCAUAGUUGAAUUAUUUUUUCAUACUUGUGGGCAGACAGCAAUCUAUCUAAUCUAAACUAUGUUUGGUGUAAUUUUCUCAGCUGUUAGUUAAGUGAAAUAAAAACCGUUUUUCGGAUUUUAUCGCCAUUUUUAUACUAUAAUUUUCUUCCGACGCUUCAAUAAAAUGACACUACUUUUUGUUCCACUUUUAAUCGACAUUGGAGAGUAAAUUUAGUUUAAAGCAAUCAUGGAAAAAAAUAGUUUUUAAAAAUUCGUAGUUUGUAUUUUGUUGAAACAUUGCUAUAAUAAGCUGGGAAGGCGCAGUGAACCGUAAAGGACAAUUUGUAUUGAAAUUAUGCGUAUUAGUUUUAACUUGUGUGAUAUUCAUUUCAAUAUUUAUUUUAAUAAAGGAGUUCAUAACAA